UAAUUACGUAAAAGAGAAGAGGAGAGAGAGAGAGCACGAAACUUUUAUUUCUUAAGGUAACACGAAAUCCUUCAUCUGCAAUUCAAACUUCGUCUCCGUUGAUUCGCACUCUCGUUCUCCUAUUUUCCGUCGCCAAAGGUCUUAUCUCCGUCGUAUCUAGUCAGCCUUAACGAUUUUUUCAGACAAAGGUAGAUUCUCGGGGUUUGAGUUUUCUUCAACUUUUUAAGAGACAGAUAUGUCGCAUGUGGUGCUUAAUGUCUAGGUAAUGAAGGCUAUAUGUGAUAGGUUUGUUCCUACAAAAUGUUCUUCAUCAAGCACAAGUGAAAAGUGUGAUAAAUCCCGGACAUCUCUAGUUUCAGAUUCGGUAUCUAGUGAUAACAAGUCAAACUUGGCCGUAUGCCCGGAUGUGGUUGCAUCUUCCUCCCCAGUUUCUCAACCGUAUAGGGAAGCGUCUACUUCCGAGCAUAAGCCAGAUUGCACCCCACAUAACAGUUGGACAGUUAUUUUAAAAACAGCUUCUAUGGCUAGUGGGGCAAUUAGGAGAUUUCAAGAGCGUGUAUUAGGGCCGAGUCGGACUGGUAUUUCCAGCAGCACAAGUGAGAUAUGGCUCAUGGGUGUCUGUUAUAAAAUCUCAGAGGGUGAAUCCUCAGAAGAAGCAGAUUCUGGUCAUGUCUUGACUGCAUUCGGACAAGAUUUUUCAUCCUUAAUACUAAUGACAUAUCGUAGAGGUUUUGGGCCUAUUGGCGACACAACUUAUACUAGUGAUGUAAACUGGGGAUGUAUGCUUCGAAGCAGCCAGAUGCUCUUCGCACAGGCAUUGCUAUUCCAAAGGCUGGGAAGGUCUUGGAGGAAAAAGGAAUCCGAGACGCCUGAAGAGGAAUACUUAGGGAUAUUAGAACAUUUUGGUGAUUCUGAGGCUUCAGCAUUCUCUAUUCACAAUCUUAUACUAGCUGGAGAAUCUUAUGGCCUGGCCGCUGGCUCAUGGGUAGGACCAUAUGCUGUCUGUCGAUCAUGGGAAUCAUUAGUUCGGAAGAAAAGAGAAGAAACUGAUGUUAAAAACAAGUUGUUUUCCAUGGCUGUUCAUAUCGUUUCUGGCAGUGAAGAUGGAGAGAGAGGUGGAGCUCCAAUUCUCUGUAUUGAAGAUGUCACCAAAACUUGUGUGGAAUUUUCAGACAGAGAAACUGAGUGGACGCCAGUUCUUCUCUUGGUGCCACUGGUUCUCGGGCUUGACAAAGUGAACCCCAGGUACCUUCCAUCUUUGAUAGCCACUUUCACUUUCCCGCAAAGCCUUGGCAUUUUGGGCGGCAAACCAGGUGCAUCAACUUACAUAGUUGGAGUUCAAGAAGACAAAGGUUUCUACCUUGAUCCGCACGAUGUUCAACAGGUAGUGACAGUCAACAAAGAAACUAGGGAUGUUGACACAUCGUCUUACCAUUGCAAUACGCCCCGCUAUGUUCCGCUGGAGUCACUUGACCCGUCACUAGCUCUGGGAUUCUAUUGCCCUGACAAAGCUGAUUUUGAUGAUUUCUGUAUCCGAGCAACAAAACUAGCUGCAGACUCCAAUGGUGCUCCUCUCUUCACCGUUACACAAUCCCACAGAACAAAUGACUGCGGAAUUGCAGAAAGCAGCACAUUGACAUCUACAGAGAUCUGUGGUGAGGAACAUGAAGAUGAGUGGCAAUUACUUUGAACACUUAUUAUUUAUUAGCCAUUCUUUUUUCAGUGUGUGACUUUGUUCAAUUAUCACAAAAAAAAAAAAAAAAUACCAUUCUUUUUACAUCUAUACUAAGAUUUGAUGUUUGUAUAAUAAUAAUAAUGAAAAACCCAUUUUCGUUUA